UAUUAGCAAAGACGAGCCAGAAAUUCCAUCUCUCUUUUACCUUUACCCAUCAACACGUCUUCACAAUUCCAAAACUCACUUCCAAUUCAUCAUUUUCUGUGUGUACGGUUCUAUAAUCCCACCUAGAACCUAGCUUCCAAAAAAAUGGGGGUCGAUUACUAUAACAUACUCAAAGUUAAUCGCAAUGCCAGUGAAGAAGAUUUGCGUAAAGCGUACCGCCGGUUGGCGAUGAUCUGGCACCCCGACAAGAACCUCGGCACCAACAAGUACGAAGCAGAGGCAAAAUUCAAGCAAAUCUCCGAAGCUUACGACGUUCUAAGCGACCCACAAAAGCGUCAGAUCUACGAUCUCUACGGCGAGGAGGCGUUGAAAUCAGGUCAAGUCCCACCACCUCCGCGAGGUGGACCCCACAACAUGCGAAAUCCCCAUCCUAACCCUACAUUCCGCUUUAAUCCUCGAGACGCUGAUGAUAUUUAUGCGGAAUUGUUCGGGUCCUCGUCGUCGGAGAAUAAUGGGCGGUCGAGGAAGUCUAGGGAUGCGUUUUUUAGGAGUACGACGAAUGGUGGUGCCGAAUUUUCCGGUGCUGGAGCUGGGACCUCUGGCACCGGUGGAGCGUUGAGAAAGGCGGCGCCGGUGGAGAAUGCGUUGUUGUGUAGUUUGGAGGAUUUGUAUAAAGGGGCUAAGAAAAAAAUGAAGAUUUCUAGGACUGUUCUAGAUGCUUCCGGGAAGCUGCGGACUCUAGAGGAGAUAUUGACCAUCGAGAUAAAGCCUGGGUGGAAGAAGGGAACCAAGGUAACUUUUCCUGAAAAGGGAAAUCAGGAACCUGGUAUUAUUCCCGCCGAUCUGGUUUUCGUUAUCGAGGAAAAACCUCAUCAUGUCUAUGCAAGGGAUGGGAAUGACCUUAUUGUCAAUCAAGAGAUUUCACUUCUUGAAGCUCUCACUGGAAGAAUGCUGGAGCUUACGACACUGGAUGGGAGAAAUCUCAUUAUCCCAUUGACUGACAUUGUCAAACCCGGGCAUGAGGUAGUUGUCCCAAAUGAAGGGAUGCCAAUUUCAAAAGAUCCUCGGAGAAAAGGAAAUCUGAGAAUCAAGAUGGAUGUUAAGUAUCCAACAAGGCUCACAGAAGCACAGAAAUCGGAUCUCAGGAGAGUUCUUGGAGGAUCUUCAUGAGUCUUUUGGUUCUGAUUGCCUGGGGUGACCAUAUUGAACACAGGUAUUCAGAUUGCCAGGGGGUGACCGUAUGAACACAGGUAUUCAGAUUGCCAGGGGGUGACUGUAUGAACACAGGUAGAUAGUGCAGAUGCUGGAUGUAAAUAUAGGACAUGCUUGAAAUGGAACUGUGAAUACUAGCAAGGUCUAAUAGUUUGAAUAUUUAGGGCAAAAUGGAAUUUUUUUGGACUUUGGGUGGUGGAAGGAUUGGUUUUUCAUUGGUUCGGACCUGCCCCUUCAUAUCAUUAUUUGCUCGAAAGAAUAUAGAUGACGUUAAUGCAAGCUCUUUUGUUCUGUUGCUUGUGAUUUUAGGUCUGAUCAAGAAGCAAAUGCACUAGGAUCUUGCAUUUAUUGGAUUCAACGCUGAUUACAUCCGUUAUAUUUUGACAUUGAGCAACAAUUCUACUUUUCUCCUUUAGAAAAUUCUUAAAGUAUUAACGAAGGGCAAAUGUGCUCAAUUUCGUAUAGUACAAGGGCAUAUUUGGACCGCGAAAGUGGACAGAUAACUGGUUAAGAGUUGGUUCACUUUUUUUCUUUGGAGUUACUUCACAUAUUACAGAAA